AUGGGAUGUUUUGGAUGAGAAGUCACGUACAGGAAAGUAGGAGAGGAAGGAUACCAUCCUCUAUAGAAGACUCUGCCUAUGCCUGAAAAAUGCUCCAGAACAGUGAGGAAACUGAGGCAAGGAAAUACACAUACCCAUUUGCUUUGUAUUGAACUGUGUCUCUCUCUCAUGAUAUCUAAGUGUUGUAGGAACACCAGGAUUCUGUAUGCUAUGUAUAACCUGUAUGCCAAAAAGGUCUGUUACAUUCCCCCUCUUUUGUCUCCUCUCCCUCUCUGAAUACCUGUGGAGUGGCUUCCCCCCCAGAAUUCUUGUGGAAUGGAUGGGCUGCUUGAACAGCUGGAAGAUCGGAGGAGCUCCCAGGUAGAUAAGGUCUGGGACUCUAAUUAGGCAGCACUCACACACCCAAUGCAUGGACACUGUCCGAGGUGGAGUGUGAUCAACCAGAUGUGGCCAAGUCACCUCUAGUUGCAGGCCAUGAGGAGCAAGUCCUUGAAAGGGAAAGGGGCCAUGUGCUCAGGAGGGAACUCACAAGCUUGUACCUCCCGUAAAGGCCCUUUGCCGGGACUGCCUGCCUUGGGAAGACUUACCUUCAUCGCACCAUCCAUCGCUGCGCUGUGGAACACUUACCCUGAAGGAUCCUGACAUCUCCAAUGCUGCCUGUCCUGGGAGCAUAAGAUACACUCUGACCACUAAAAUACUGCAAAAUAAUUCAGACUGGAAUAUUAACAUGACAGAAGACAGACUAAAGCUGAGAUCUUAUGCAACCCUUAUGCAGGCAAACUCCCAUUGAAUUUCAUGAGUACAACAUAGCUGAAGCUUGUGCAGAUGUUCUGGGGUUAGCCAAAGAAGCCAGAAAGCGAAGUCUUGGUCCACUUCAUCCUUCUUUUAAUGUGAUUAAGAUAAUAAGAGAUGGACUAUUCAAAAACCUUCCAGAAAAUACUCACCAGUUGUCAGCAGGCAAGCUGUGUAUUUCACUGACCAGAGUGUCAGAUGGCAAAAAUGUGUUGGUAUCCAAUUUUAACUCUAAAGAAGAAAUUGUUCAGGCUUUAAUUUGUAGCUCGUUUGUCCCUAUUUAUUGUGGCCUAAUUCCACCAUCAUUCAGAGGUGUGCGUUAUGUUGAUGGUGGAAUCAGUGACAACUUACCGCAGUAUGAAUCUAAGAAUACCAUCACAAUUUCUCCUUUCUCUGGGGAGUGUGAUAUCUGCCCAAAGGGAAACUCUGCAAACUUCCAUGAAAUGAAUGUUACUAAUACCAGCAUUCAGUUCAGCUUAGGGAACCUUAACCGUCUAACACAAGCACUCUUUCCACCAGAACCCAAGGUACUAGGAGAGAUCUGUGAACAAGGAUAUUCAGAUGCACUUAGAUUUUUGAAAGAAAAUGAUAUUCUUAACGAUUCAGUUUAUGUCGACUUGUCCUUAAAGAAAAACCCUCAGGAACUCAUAGAGGACACUGACUUUACAAACAAGAAAACUAUUCCACAGAGGAAGGGCACAGAGGAUAUAUUGAAGACAAAAAUGCUUAGUAACCAGCUAAAGCUAAACACAUGGCCAUUGGAUGAAAGAAUUUUUGAGCAUCUACCUCCUAGACUUCGUAAAGCAUUAGAAGAAGCUUGUAAAGAGAAGAGUGGGUUCUAUGCCCAGGUCUCUAAACUCUUACCAAUGCGAGUGAUGUCUUAUCUGAUAUUGCCGUAUACCCUGCCAGUGGAGUCUGCCUAUUCUGUUGCUUUAAGGUUAGUAGACUGGUUUCCCGAUAUCCCUGAUGAUUUUCAAUGGAUGCAGGGACAACUACGUCGGAUUGUUAGUACAGUUUAUUCGCGGGCAAGAAAUAAGCUACUCAGUACAUCCAGUAAAGAGAGCUAUGCAUCACUAAGAAAAUGUCAGACUGCUCCACCUAAUGUAGAGUCCCAUUCUCCCUACUGCCAUUCUAAAGUGCCACACUCUGCUGCAGACCUUGAAGGUUGGCUCUGGGAUUUUCCAUACUGCAGAGACUCUGCAGGGAAGCAAAUUUCUGUCGGUAUAAAGGGGCUCUCAGACUCUGAUUCUCAUCAUAUUUUCUUCAUAAAUUCUGAAGAAUCUGGCUUGGAAACGGAUUUUGACUCCUCCUCAGACAAGAGUUUCCAAACUGCCUCAGAAGAUUAAUUUUGAAAGCUCUGAAAUCCGUCUGACAGAGAAGCUUAAACGUUGUGAAGCGAACUCAUUCUUCCAUCUUGCCAAUAAGUAUUGGAAGACUGUUUUGUUUACAGCUCAAUGUCAAAUUGCCUUUGGGGCCUUUACAAUGCUAAGGAUUAUACAAAACAGUUGUCACUGCACUACAUAACAGUCACAUUCUUGUUAAUUUAUUAAAUCACUGGCUUCAUUUCAAAAUUACAAUAGCACAAUAUCUGGAAAAAGAUUUCACUCUAAGCUACCUGUAAUUAAAAAGCUACAUAAAAUCAAACCCUAUAAAUUACUUGUUCUAGACUGAAACAAGCAUUUAUAGAAAAGUUGCAUUUUAAAAGGCAUGCUUUUAAACAAUAAAUGUGUAUGGUGGUGUUAGAUUAAUUUUUAGCACUUGCAUGAAAUCAGGCAACUUGUUCCUUAUGUAAAUUUCCCUUUAUAAAGUACUUUUUGAGGGCCUCCAAUAUCUGUGUAUUUGCCUUUUGUUUAAAUGUACUGUUUUGUGGAAAAAAGGCACCAAUUUUGAUUACAUACUGUAACAUACAAUUAAUAAUGUAAUCCAAGUUCACUAUUCCCAACAAGUUUUACAAAGUGCCUCUUUUCCUUAAGUAUUGAGAAGGAAAAAAGUCACAAGAACUGGGCCACAUUUAGCCAUAAGUGUUAAGGGGCACAACUCCAUUGACUUCAGUGGAGUUGUGCAUCCUUAGCAAGGGCUUAAUUUGAACUAAUGUUUUUAAAGGUAUUUUAAAAAGAAAAAUCUCUAGACCAGUGGUCUUUUGAAAAGACAGUAUCAUUGAGUGGAGCUUUAUAGAGCAACAAUGAAGUUGUCAUAAUACAACCAUUGCAAAACAUCUUUGUGACAUUACAUUAUGACUGAACAGUGUCAGGCUUGUGCUCUGAUUUGUGGAUUAUAUACAUCUUCUGUAAAAUGGAAAAGGAGGCCUUCUUCCUUUUUUAUUCCUUGGAAGAGCAGAAAGGGGAUCCCAGUGAUUCUAUUCUGUUUGUUUGGCACUUCUUGUGCUAACUUUUCUCUCAAGCAAUGUAGGGAAAUUUCCUAACAUUUGUGCCCUUCUUGAGAUCAGAAUGAAUAAGCCAAGUUCAAAACAAAUGUGUUGAUAUUGUUAUCCUUGUAUUAUACCGUAAAGAGCUGCAUGCAGGUCUAAAUCAACUGUUUAAAAAUUUUUUAAAAAUCCCUGCCCUCUUUCCCAAAACAUCAAGUCCUAUCCACGUUGAAAUUUGUAACUGUCUAUAAAAACUAUUCUCUAUAAAGGUGCCAUUGUGGUUUCAAAUCUCCGUAUAGACAGGCUUAAAUUAAGUAUUUUAUGAGCUCAUCUGACAAAACUGAUAGUUAUGAAGAUAAUUAUUAAACCACUGUUUUAAUGAUAAAAUAAAUAUAUAUUUUUAGGAACAUGUUUUGGGCUAAUGGUGGUUUUGAAAAAAUCAUAGAUGGAAGUAACCUCUUGUGGCUUGCUUGAAAAAGACUUGGAAUUUAAGGGCCAAAUGUUAUUUCUAGUACAGUGGUGUAAAUUUGGAGUAAAUCAGCUGUACUCCAGGGAGAAGAGAGAACUCUCUCAAGCAUUUUUUUGGGAGUGGCCUGUAAAGAAAACUGGCUGGAGAUGGGAGGGACAAGAGAAGAUAAAAUAUUUUUUAUAAUAUUAUAGUGUAAAUUUUGAAUAUCUCCAUAUCUCUUUGAGUUGUCAAAACCUUGGCGUUCCCAACUUGGACUAAAUGUUAAGCAGUUCUUUAGGUUUUCAAAGUGCUACAUCUUAAGAAUAAACUCUAAUUAAAAAUGCUUUAAAAAUAUUGUUAAAAUGUUGUAAAACUAUAAUGUAUUUCCAGGGGCGGCUCUACAAAUUUGGCCGCCCCAAGCAGUCAUGCCCGGGAGGCGCC